GGAGCCAGCGGACUGCUGCACUGUCCAUGGUUGUGUAGUGGGAGCCAGAGAGGGUCCGGGUACGUGCGAGGAGAUGCGGCCAUAGUCACGCUGCACUGUCUAAAAUCAUAACCUGCUGGGAUCGUUAGUUUCGCAGCGCAUUAGAGUCGACUGAAAGCCUGUGGACGUGAGGCAUCAUGAGUGAGCAGCAGAGGCAGCGCUCUCUGUCCACCGCGGGUGAGUCUCUCUACCAUGUGUUGGGAGUUGACAAGAUGGCCACGACGGAUGAUAUAAAGAGAUCUUACAGGAAACUGGCGUUAAAGUUCCACCCUGACAAGAAUCCCGACAAUCCAGAGGCCGCAGAUAAGUUCAAGGAGAUAAACAACGCCCACGCCAUCCUGAAUGACCCCACGAAGCGUAACAUUUACGAUAAAUAUGGCUCUCUAGGGCUAUAUGUGGCCGAGCAGUUUGGAGAGGAGAAUGUUAACACUUACUUUGUCCUUUCUAGCUGGUGGGCAAAGGCUCUGUUUGUAUUGUGUGGCCUGGCCACUGGCUGUUACUUCUGUUGCUGCCUGUGUUGCUGCUGUAACUGCUGCUGUGGAAGAUGUAAACCACGGCCUCGAGAGGGCCAGGAGCAGGACUUUUAUGUGUCCCCUGAGGACCUGGAGGCUCAGCUGCAAUCUGAUGAGAGAGAGGCUGGUGGUGAACCUAUAGUGCUGCAGCCGUCAGCGACAGAGACAACCCAGUUAACAUCAGAUGGGCACCACUCCUACCGCACCGACACCGGCUUCAACUAACCCUCCGUUCCCAUCGAUCCUGGCCUGUGGUCCUGCCUGCUUCCCUGCUCCACCUCAGUGAGAUGAACGAAAGGGCCAAAACAUCUUUCCACUUCAGAAAGAGAGCCAUGUGGAGGUGAAGGGGACUAGUAAGCAUGGCCCAUGAAAGGAACUAAUGAAUUCACAUCCCUUACACCUCCCUCCCUGAUCGGUCCGCUGCGUAUUUCCCCGCCAGUACGAGAAGAAAUCCCUUUUAUUUCUUCUUUUGUAUCUCUCAGCCUUUACUCACACAGGUCGCCUGCCCUACCUUACCUUUCCCAUAGUUUGCAUCAUGGUGUAGCAUGCACUGUUUGGAAAAAAAGGUCUCCACAUUUUCUUUAAUCCUUUGCAACAUUUUUACUUUGCAAAACCCAUCAUGCAGGUGCAGUUUUUUCAAAUGAGUGCAGUACAUGAGGAGGGGGUAAAGUUUACCAGAUGUUUUAUGCUAAAGGAACAGAGAGCCAUGGCUCAGGGAGGUGUUGGUUGGAGAAGUGCUUGCUGGCUUAGGUGGUCGGUGCCAUCAUUAAACCUCCAAGAACUAAGUUUUCAUACAUAUUUACACUUUUCUCUUGUGAUUCGCAAUCGAUAUUCUUUCAGUUGAAAAUGCCACCUGCUGUUGUCAGACCUACAGCGUGGUCUUUAGUGUGCCCUCCACCAGAGUGUUUUUAAUGUCAAUCAUGAGGUCAUUAAGGCACAGAGCUUUAUUUGCAGACAGUUUGCUAUAAAUUUCUGCUGAUAUUAGAGUUUCUGCUUUAGUUAGUAAUUAGCUUUUGCAUUUUCCUUCCUUCUGAAAGCCCCUCAUCGCAGGACAGACUACUUCCCCCUGUUUUUCCUGCAGCACUGAGCAGGUUGUUAUAAUUGUUGUUUUACAUUAAUGCAUAUUGUCUUUUAAUGUAUUUUAAAUCAAAUAUGGCACAUUUCAACCCCAUGGUACAGUUCACUGUUGUUUCAUCAUAUCACCAGCUACAAAUUGACGAUGACACUAGAUACAUAAAUUUCAAAAAAAUAAAAAAUCAUACAUAACCAAGACGUUCUCAUCUCAAGGAGUGAUAUAAUGUUGUUUUGUCAGAUGCCAUAAAUGUUUCCAGGUUAAACAUAAAAUGUCCUUUGGUGACAGUGCCUUAAUGCAGUGGCCAUAGUUAGUCCGUGAAAGUUAAUAGUCUGGUUUUAGACACCUAUGAAGUCUCUGUUAGGAGGCUGAAGCGGUGGUGGUGCAUAAGUUGUAGCUUUGUCAGGGAGGAGACCCUGGUUUGAUUCUUGUUUGAACUUAUGUGUCAUGAUUUACCAAGUUGAAAACCAAAAAGCAGAUUCGGAGAGUUUUAAUUUUAACAUAAAUGUCAGCAGUCCAACAGAGAGCAGCGAUUAGAGCACAGGGAGUCAGGUGAUGUCCAGCACAGGUAAAUCUGCUUAUCUCAUAGAGACGAGUGCACAGAGAAAGUCUGUAACCAAACUGGAGCACUGGAGAGAGCACUUUGGCAAUGAAUUCAUGUUAAAUGGGCUCUUUUAUGUGCAGGAGGUCAUGAGUUGACGGGAAACAGGUACACCAACCUGCCGCUCAGCAAACAGGGGAGAGGACACACCUCUAGCUUGCUCAUGCACGCAAUCCUACCAGGGACUGAGAGAGGCCAUUGCACUUUGUGUUUUUCCUCUUUUUAUUUGUGGUUUCACACGGUUAGGUUUAAGGCCUAAAAACUGCUUGGUUGGCUUGAAGUAAAAUGCCUCCCUUUAAAAUAGUAGCCUUACAUGAUGAAGUUGGAAGUGACAGUUCUGUGUCACCAGUGCCAUAACCCGGUGCAUCAUGAGCUGCCACCAAAGGACACCUUGUGCAUAAAUGAGCCUCGGCUUUGACAAAACAACGUUAUCUGACACCCGACUAAUGAGAAUGGGCAGAUGAAACAAUAACAUUUCAAUAGAUUUUGUUUAUUUUACGGUGACACAUCCGGACUCUUCUUCUAUUCUGUUUUCCUGUCCUUACUUAAGAUUUGUACUAAUAGUAAAACUAUUUUUUAGAGCUACUGCAGCUCACUAAGACUGAGAGACAUUUAUUUUAUGUUAGUUUUAUUUUUCUGCUACAUGAAGCCAAGGAGCUCCAGGUAAUCCAGCUGGCUCUGAUGAGAACUGCUAAAAGGUAGAAAUAACAGAUAUUUAUCAGCAGCAGUGCUGGUUAGGAGGGUGACAUGUUUUUAACUUUAGAUAAGAAGAUUUAGGGAAAAAAAAACAUGUUACACUCUUCAGAGUUAUUAUAAAAAAAAAGGUGAGAACAGAAUAUCAGCAUGGAGGAUUUUUAUUUUCAACUCAUUCCUGUGUUUUGAACUGUCCGAUGACUUUGAUAUUUUGUCCGAUGCUGUGUGAUCGUUCCUCAUUGUUGACUUUUCUGAAUCCACGUAGAGAAAGAUGCUCAUCAGGCAUAUCAUCUGUGAGCCAGUGCUACAGGCAGCUCAGAGUAAAAGAAUUUUACAUACUACUGAAUUUGCAUAUAUUGCCACACAUUUUUGCCAUAAAUCGCCAUGAACAUCUUCGCCACUUUGUCAGUUUCAUGACUGCUAAUGAUGUGUUUUUAAUGGUUUACAAUUGGUGAGCUCCCGUUGCCCACCCUCUGCUAUUAACGGUAUGGAUGUUGACCUCUGUGGCCCUUGUAUGAUGUUUCCUGUAACCCUUGAUGAAACGUAGAUGUUCCUGUCAUGGCUUUUUCAUUGAGAUACUGAAAAAUGCUACUGUAAAUGUUCUAAGUUGAAUGCACUGUGUGUUUAAAAAAAUUAUAAUGGAUCAAUGAUCAGGAAAUGACUCCAUAAAAAGACAAUACAGUAUAUAGUGUAACUAUAGUGAAAUGGUUAUAUGAUGCAUUUUUGGAAUUUUAUUUAUUUCAUACUUGGUCACGUUUUAGAUGAUGAUCGAUUAUGAUUUUAACUGGUAUGGUGUUGUAAUGUAGCCAUUAAAUUUAGCAAGGAAUGGUUUAAUGGUUAAGGUCGCUUGUACAUACACUUGGCCCAUAUAAAGUAUAAACCUUAACAUUUAUGUUGUAGCAUGGUAACUGUGUGUCUGGAAGAAAACAAGUGGAUCAUUGAUCUCAUUUGCUCUUGUUGAAUAAAUGUUCCUCAACAUUU